AAUUACCAAUUUUUGACCAAUCUUUGACUAAAAACUACCAUGUCGCAAAAGUGCCCGAUUUGCCUCUUCUAAACGCCUUUCUGACAGGAUGGAUCCACAAGUCAGGGAUGACGUGGCGGCAAAGUCAACUCUGUUUAUUUUGACCGUUAAGUUAACCGUUAUGACAGGUGGGACCCACACGUCAUCAUCAACCUUCUUCUUCCUCCCCUCUUCUCUCUCUUUGACAUCUCAACAAACACCUCUUGUGCAUGGGACGAAAGCAGAGGAGUUCCGGCAGCCUGCUCGCUUUACACCACGUCGGACCCCAGCACGAGCGUCGGGUGAACCAGCUCCGGGCCGGCUCUGCCUCGCACUGCACGGCGGCAGUGGCGGCAGCCUUCGCGGCGAGCCGAGCCGCUGGAGCGAGCUCCAUCGGUGACCCCAGCCAGGCCCGCACGACGCCUUUCCUCCACUGAUUUCUUCUCCCUCCCCUGCUCUAAUCUCUCUCCCUUCUUCGUUUCUUCUCUGCUAGGAGACGAACGGAGACCCGACGCCAGAACCUCCCUCGAUCCGGCCUCCUCCUGCUCGCCCCCGGAGCACCUUGCCUCAGUUAACCAAGCAGAGGAGCCCCGCCGGCCUGCUCUUCCUUUCUGCCUUCCAACCCAUCUGCUUCUUUCUCGCUCGCGUGGCCCCUUCUCCUCACCUCUCUCAUCCUCUGCUGCUACAGGAAAACGCCAUGGAUGGCCCGAAGCUUCGACCGCACAGCUCCAGCGAACCCGCCCGCGAUGACCUCGACCCCCAGGCCGCCUGGAUCCGCGCGUUUGCCACCCUCGGCUACCUCGAGGAGCUUAGGCGCCCUGCUGCCAUGUUCUGCUACUGCCGAUGCAAGUCCCACGGCCCACGCCUCCGCAGCCCUGCUUCUCGCGUGCGUGCAAGCGAACGCACAGCCGCGCGCGUUGACCCUCGCUGUGUCCAGCGUGCGACCGGCGGGCGCGGCGAGCGGCGACGCGGCGCGCGGCGGAACGGGCGAGCAGCAGCAGGUACAAACGGCGUUGACUAACGAUGCCAGCCCUUACAUGUGGGCAAUGCCUGUCAUAAGGGCGUUUAAAAUGGACGAACGGGUCGAUUUACAUACUUGGUAGUUUUUAGUUAAAGAUUAGAGAAAAAGUGGUAGUUUUCGGCAUAAAUUUAUAAAAUGGUAGUUUUUGGGCACGUUUUCAUGAAUUGUGGUAGUUUUUUUGUUAAAUACUCCUCUUACCACACUAGUAGAACUGCAUUGCCCCUGUCAUGAGGUGAGAUGACAUAAACUGUGAUCAAGUUAAUAGAGAAAAUCAUUUAUACAUACAAUACCUGAUAUAUGUAGUUGCCAGCAUCUUUUGGUCUACAUGAUGACUUCUCGGCUGUUGCUUCUACAAACUUCUGUGUUUCAACAAGGUUGCUCCGGUAAGACAAAGACCUUUAUACCUUUGCUUAUGGCUCACUAUCAGUGGGUGCAGAAGGAAGACGAUUAUGAUUUCUUCAAGGACUUGGCUAUAAUUUCAGUAUAUGGUCUUCGGCCUUUUCAAAAGAAUGUAGUUUAGGGUGAAUUUAAUGGUAUUGGUUUCAUAUUUUAGAUGUUGAAAGAUUUUAUACAAACUUGGUCAUAAUUUAGAAAGUUUGGAUUUGAAGAAAAAUAUAUUACACAUUAUAUUAUAUAAGACGGGGGAAGUACAUAGAACAUGAGAAGCUUUUUUUUUUCUUAAAAAAAUCUGAAACUACCACCUAAGUUUUCUUUCGACAAAGAAUGAAUUUUAUUGGCUCAAAAUAAAGCAAAAAAAAAAAGAAUACAAACACAAGGAGACAGACGGCCUCUGCAUGACUCGUUAUAAUCCUGUCACUUCAAGUCUGAUAAAUUAGUACGGGGAAGCUCAACCAUCUUGCUGUUGGGAAAAGUAAAGAUUACUAUAGCAUUUAUACUAGCGUUCCAGUACGAAGACUCUUGGUGUAGACCCUUGAGAUUCCACGCAGACCAUUAAACCGUGCCACUUCAACAGGCCUUGGUGGAUAUUUAAGGGCUGCAUAAGCAUCCUCUAAAGUUAAACUGCGCAUCAGUUUAGUUUCAGAAGUUGUAGCACAUUGCAUACGCCAUGUCGAGCAAUGGCGGACCAACGGUCGCCGUGAAGCUGUUCAUUGACAAGGAGAAGAAGAGGGUGCUGUUCGCCGAAUCCGACAAGGACUUCGUGGACAUCCUCUUCAGCUUCCUCACGCUGCCUCUCGGCACCAUCGUCCGUCUCUUCAACAAGCAGUCUCAGAUCGGGUGCCUGGACGAGCUGUACAGGAGCGUGGAGAGUCUCGGCGAAGAUCACUUCCAAACCAAGGAGUGCAAGGCCAUGCUCCUUCGUCCCGUCAAUGCCGCGGCACUUCACUGCGACCGGCUUAGAGUCAAAGUUGACGACGCCGAUCUGACGGCAAUAUAUGUCUGCUUUUAUUAUGGGAGCUGCAGCGAAAGGUACUUCAGCACAGUACGGGGUAUUCGAUGCAGGUGUGGUACUAGUACCAUUAGUGACACUAGGAGGUGGCCACAAAGCUCUCUCGUUGCUGCUGGAGAAACUGCGGAUGGGAUUUUUUCCAAAGGUGGAUCGAAGUUCAUCAUCACGGAUGAUCUUCAUGUUGCUCCUUCCUCUACGAGUCUCAUGUUCUCCCUGAUGGACAAGCUUGGGCUGCAUGAACAAUUGAAUAUCAAGGAGGAGGUGCUACAUCUCAAUUCCAAUAAGAUGAUUGGCUUGCUUAGGAGAGCACUGCUGUCUAAGCACCCUUUGACUGGCCUAUAUUUCAAUGCUGCUAUAACGCCCAAUGGGGUGAGUUCUUCCCAGCUUCCUCACAAUCUGUUCGCACCACAAGCAAUUGAGGCUGAGCCCAAGUUCAAACCAAUAACGAUAAAGCUUGUUCAGAAGAAGGAUAAUUCCUCGGUGUUGUACGCGGAAGUUAAACAAGACUUGGUUGAUCUUUUGUUUGGCCUCCUUUGCAUUCCUGUUGGGUCUAUAAUGAAGACUUAUAGUCGACUGUCACCAAAUGGAUGUCUUGAUAAUCUCUACAAAAGUGUAUAUGGAGCAGGAUGUGUAAAACAAGACUGCAGAAGCUUACUCCUAUCCCCAAAGCUGGCCCCUUUCUUUGGGUGCAGCAGUGAUGUGCUCCAAGUAGAAGAAUUACCUCGGAGAUGCCAUAACUUUCCAAGGUAUCUUUACGAGAUGAAUCCGAAAUCCCCCAAAAGAGGAGAUGAAGCUUCUUAUAGGGCUUAUGUCAAUGGAGGGUCCAUCAACUUCAUCGUGACUGAUGAUCUGCGUAUCGUCGAUUUCUCCCUGGCCAAGAGUCUCCAAGCCAUACAUGCAGCCAAGAUUCCCAAGGGCGAGCUUGUGGAGAAAGAGAUAACACUUGACAAAACCCAGGUUUUGAAGCUACUAAGAGCUUCACUGGAUACUCGCAAUGCCCUAAGCAGUGUGCUCUUGCCUCCAAUUCCAAAGAAGAGUGUCACCACCAGCGCCGCGACGACGUCAACUCCAGCCGCCAUGGCAUCAGUACCUCCCCAGCCGAGAAGGAGCCUGCGGCUCCGAAAGCCCAUUCAGCCAUCAGAGUGACCCACCUACCCAUAUCAUGCGAAAACGAAAGAUGCCAAGAAGAAGACAUUUCUGCGAACUAAGGAUUGUCCUGUGCAAACUUGCAAUCGCGUCUCAGUUGCUUGAAUGAAGCCACUGUCCUGCAGUUUACCCAGUUGCUUGAAAAAAUUCUGUUUCUUUUUUUCCGUUUUCCCUAAUUACUAGUAUCAUGUUUCGAGUGAUUGGAAACACUCACCUCUGUUAAAUUGGCAUUCAAAUGUUGAACGAUGUCGAGGGCAAAUCCUGUUCUGUGUUUUUUUUUCUUGAGAAAAUCUCAUGAAGUUUUUAUUUAACUCAUCACAAUGUUUACAUGGAUGAAAGUAAGAUCUCCCGGGUUGCCCAACCAAACAUUGACGGCCAACACCGAUAUUCGAGCUCCUAUACUCAUGACUAAAAAAGCAACUAGUAAAAAGACUAGAACGAUCUAUAAUUUCUUGAAUAAUCACACCAUGACUUGCCGCACUUCUCUGCUUGAUGUCGUUGAUGACAGCUUUGCAAUAUGAAGCAAUAUAGAUUCUCCGCUCAUAGAGAUCAUCGGCCAAAGCCUGUGCUUCUCGAACUACAAGGGCAUCUAGUGUGGUUGGGUCAAAGAUUCCCACAAAAGUGAUCGUUGAAGCUCCCAUGUAAUUUCCAUGAAAAUCCCUGCACACAGCGGCCACAGCUCCCACCGAAGCAUUCCAAGAGCGUCAUCAACAUUAAUUUUCUUCAUAUUCUCCGGUGGAGCAACCCAUCCGCUCUGCCUAGCAGGAUGCUUGGCCCUCUCACUACUUAUGGCUUCUUCAUCGCCUGUAAGUCAUCUAUGAAUGAGUUGAUGAAAGCAUUAGUAGCAAACGGCGUCUGGUAUAUGUCCUUGUGAAGAACUUUUCUCCUUGAGCUCCAGAUCAUCCACAGGGAUACAACCUUGGAGGCAGACU